GAAGCAUCUGGAACAGGAGAAGAACCCAGUUCAAGUCAGAACACAACGGACGGCGUAGUUGUUAGUGCAUACCAAAAAACAGAUGGUGCUAGAGUGUACAACAAGAGACAUUACUGCUUGUAUUGCACUAAACCUUAUGCUAAGAUGGCAAGGCAUCUAGAAAGUUCACAUGAAAAUAAGUCUGAUGUGGCUAGAGCUCUAAGCUUUCCAAAGGGUUCAAAGGAGAGAAAAAGUCAGCUUGAUUAUAUUCGCAACAGAGGAAACUAUGCUCACAAUGCUGCUGUUAUGGAGUCAGGAAAGGGGGAACUAGUGCCAUUUAAACGACCACGUAAAAAAGUGCAGGGAGAAGAUUUCAUGCAUUGUGCAUACUGUCAAGGACUUUUUACAAGAAAGGUCCUGUGGAGACAUAUGCGUACUUGUAGACUUCAACCACAAUCAGUCGCCCCCAAACCAGGAAAAAACCGUGUUCAGUCCAUGUGUACCUACACCGGGCCUGUGCCUUCAGACAUGACCAAACAACUGUGGGGAGUAAUCAGUGCCAUGAAUCCUGACCCAAUCACAGAUAUAAUAAUAAAUGACAGAGCAAUUACUGAAAUUGGACAGCACUUGUUGAACAAAGGUGGGCUAUCAGAUAAGAAUAAAUGUGCGCGGGAGAAGAUGCGAGAAUUGGGAAGGUUGAUUCACAAUGCCAGGAGAGUCUCCUCCUUGAAAACACUGGAAGAUUGUGUAAAUCCAAAGAAAUACAUGGAGACUGUCAAAGCUGUCAAGUGUACAUGUGGGUAUGACAGUGAAACCGACAAAUUCAUGAUUCCAUCACUUGCAAAUAAGCUUGGGAAUUCCCUGGUUAAAGUAAGCAAACUCUUAAAGGCCCAGGGCUUAAUCUCCAACGACAAACAGCUUGUGAUGAAUGCCAGUGAGUUUCAAGAAGUCCAUGCGAAUAAGUGGAACGAGAUGAUCUCGGCUACAGCGUUGAGGAAUAUCAGGGAAGCAAAGUGCAAUGUGCCCACUCUCAUGCCCUUUACUGAAGAUGUACAAAAAUUGCAUACUUUUCUCAGUCAAGUGCAAGACGAGUGGUUCAACCUGCUCUCUGAAAGUCCCUCUACUAAAGCCUGGAUGGAGCUGGCCAAGGCAUGUCUAGCCCAAAUAAUUCUCUUUAACCGGCGGAGAGAAGGAGAGGUGGCGAGCAUGCCUUUGUCUGCGUUUUUAUCAAGAGACACUUCUGAUCCGCAUGAGGAUGUGGACUGGGCACUCUCCGAAGUGGAGAAGAAACUCUGCAGACACUUCACAAGGCUUAUCACCAGGGGAAAGCAUGGUCGACCUGUUCCAAUUCUUCUGACUCCAAAAAUGCUGUGUUCCUUAGAACUCCUUGUUAAGCAAAGAGAGGCUUGUGGGGUUUUAAAAGUCAAUGCCUAUAUGUUUGCUAGACCAGACGCCAUGACACAUUUCCGAGGGUCAGACUGCCUCCGUGGCUUUGCAAAGGUGUGUGGUGCAAAGUGUCCUGAGUCUCUGACAUCUACCAGGCUGCAAAAGCAUGCUGCAACCCUUUCAACAGUGCUGAACAUGACAGACACCGAGAUGGACCAGCUGGCAAACUUUCUUGGGCACGACAUAAGAAUCCAUCAUGAGGUCUAUCGACUCCCUGAGAAGACCCUGCAACUUGCCAAGAUCAGCAAAGCUUUAAUGGCUCUUGAGCAAGGAAGAUUAGCCGAGUUCCAUGGAAAGAACUUGAAUGAAAUUGGGAUAACUCCUAAUGAAAAAGUUAUUGACUGUGAGGAAGAAAAAGUUAUUGACUGUGAUGAGGAAGACGGGAGCAUACAAGAGGGACACUGUUCAUCUACUGUUGACGAACCUUCAGUCGAGGUGGCACUUCCUCCUACUGAGAGGAAUAUGUCUCCAGCACCCAAGAGAAGCAAACCAUCAUCAGAUGAGCAGAUGCCUUCAGGAGCCAGUGCUAUCAGGUCGCCUUGCAAAGGUAAAACUGCCCAGAAGAAAACUCCCUGGCAGCAGACAGAGGUGCAGGCGGUGGAAAGGCACCUGAAGCCAUUCAUCAUAUCUGGCACUGUACCAGCAAAGAGUGACUGUGAGAAAUGCUUGAAAGCUGAACCAGAAGCUCUGAGAAACCGCGAUUGGAAGACUGUAAAAUUUUACGUUUAUAAUCGCAUUACAGCUUACAAAAAGAAAUUGCAGUGCAGAUAA